CUUCUCACAGUUUGGCAAUGUUAUUGAAGUUGAAAUGCCAUUUGACAAGAUCAAGAACCAGAGGAAAGGAUUCGGCUUCAUUACAUUUGAAUCUGACCAAGUUGUUAAUGAUCUGCUGAAGAGACCCAAACAGACUAUUAAGGGCAAAGAGGUUGAUGUAAAGAGGCCGAAACCGAAACCUGACCAGAUGGGCCCAAUGAUGAUGGGUCGCGGUGGCCAGGACUGGAACCAGACCUAUGGCGGCGGAUUUGAUGGGUAUAGUCAGGGCUACGACUACAGCGGAUAUGGAGGAUACGGCGGACAAGAUUAUUCCAACUACGGAGGUUAUGGUUCCGGACACCGAGGUGGCAUACGAGGUGUUCGAGGUGGACAACGUCAACAGAGGCGCCAACCUUAUUAAAUAUGUAGUCCACAGGAUGAGCUUUUAGUGUUUAAUCGGUCGAUAGCUCCGUAAUUAUAAAAGGUAGCUGGAAAAGUUAUUUAUAAGUAUUGUAGGCAACUAUAUACUACUUACUUGUAAAAUAUUUAGAGUGAUUCAUAUCUACACAAAUAUGGAACGGCCUGUAGAUUUUUCAAGAAUAAGUUUCAUAUAGCAUGCAUACUGUAUACCCAACUUGCAUGUCAGUCAUUUUUGCAGAUCGUGCAGGUUUUUUUGUCAAAAUAAGCACCAUAUCCCAAGGUUUAUCUCCAUGCAAACUUUUUUAAUUGUAUGCAUCAUCUACACUUGGUG